GUGAGUAUUAAUGCGAAUUCAGUUAUAAAUUGACUUUCCGACGAUCAACAUCAAGUAAUCCGCACUAUGGAAAAUAAAGUAUCUCUUUUUUUGGGGAUUAUUUCAUGCACUCUCUUGGUCCUGUGCGGUGCAACCCAUGAGGAGUACAUCGCCCUGGAGAAGGCAGUGAACAGUUUGUCCAACGUUGUUGGUACAUAUAACGCUGAAUUUGACAAGAAAGUCAAAUUUGAGGUCCUGCAGGAAGCCAUCGAGGCAAUUGAUAAAGCUAUGUUCGGCUACAACGGGGAAGCUAAGAAGAAUCUCGAUGAAAUACGCGAGUUGAACUCAGAGGCCCAUCUGACGUACAAAAAGUGCGUCGGUCCUGUCUACGAGUGGUGUAUUGCCAUGAACAGUACUCUAAAAACGAUCACCCCGUAUAUCACUGACGCGAGGGCGUCAGCCGAGGACAGGGAUACGCUGUGGAACAUGACUGUGACGGCUCUGGCCUCGGGGCUCAGCAAAACGAGUGUCUCAUUGGAUUUGUUGAACCAGGUUCAGGCUAAAGUGGAAAAUUUGCAACAAUUGCUGGACGUCGUUUCGCGGGAGAUGAACAAUGAUUUCGGCCCGGAAGGAUACUAUGGAAAGCAGAAGCAGUCCCUGCAGGAGGCGUUGGACGGAAAAGGAAGUGCUGCCGCGAAGGCCAUUGCCAAUGUUAUUACCUCAAUUUUUAAGACAGUUGUGGCUAUUGUGACGAGUAAUGUAGGGCAGGUCUUGACGUUGGCGCCAACAUUUGCUGAUCAAGGAUUAGAUGUCGUGAUGAAACUGCAAGAGAAGGCCUCCCUUAAUCAGCAACUGAAGGCGAUUGAAGUUUUCUUCAAGACGCUGAGCGAAAAGAUAGCCUAUGCUAAGAAAAUAGCUCUGGAAGUCGACGCGGCUCUAAAAGAGGAUCAUCAGAACCUGCAUUCACUCGCUACCUUAAUUACUGUGGCAAACAAUCACAACCAAUUGCUGCUUCUGGCGGAUCCAAAUCUUCGGGCCAAUAUUAUUCCGAAACUGAAUGAUAUGGGACACAAGUGCCAUGAGUACGUUGUUUGGCACGGCUAUGGCACGAAGAACUACGUUGACAAACGAGUUAGGACCAAACGCGACACAACCGAAUUGUUCGAAAUGGGAAGGAUUUCGCGAAUUAUCCAAUCAUUACCGGAAAAAUACGAUUUUGAUAUGAUAGUUUCGGCUACUUCUAAAAUUAUGAACUAAGUUGAUUGUGAUUCCGCUACUGAAAAGGGACAUUUGGCCUCCCUAAAUGAGUUCCCAAUUGAGGGAUCCACCGCGGUUGCCCCACUUUUAAAUUCCAUGACCAUGGAUUUGGUUCUAAAACAUCUAAAGUAUAUCUAAUGGAUCACGAUUUAAAAUUUAAAUGAUCCAUUUUAAAAAUUUAAUUCUUGCCUAAAGCUUAGAUUUCAUUGUUUGCAAUAAAGUUUGCAAUAAAAUAAAAUACAAAUUGCAAUAAUUUGC